AUGAAGGUUGUGACGAUGAGGAUGAUAACGAUGAGGAUGAGGAGGGAAGAUGAAAACCAUGAGGAUGAAGACAAUCCGGAUGAAGACGACAACUGUUAUCAGGGAAGGAGUUACUACCCUUCUGGAGCACGCACCUAUGAAAACCGGCAGGAAUUUGCCUAUUACGACCACGAGGAACAGUCCCAAACCCAUUAA